AUGGAGCACACGAAGUCAUGCGAGAUAACAUCUAAUGGCAAAUACUUCUCGUUCUACUUGCCACAUCAUGCGGUCGUCAAACCAGAUAAGGUGACCACCAAAGUUCGCGUGGUAUUCAACGCCUCACAAACAUCUGGUUCAAGAAAAUCCCAGAAUGAAGUGUUGCGCACUGGUCCCACACUCCAACCAGAUCUCAUGUUUCUCAUGCUGCAGUGGCGAACGCACAGAUUCGUGUUCAACGGAGACAUUGAAAAAAUGUAUCGUCAAAUACUCAUCCAUGAUUAUAAUCUUAAAACCGUAACUUUCGGUGUUAAUUGUGCACCAUACAUCGCUAUCCGUGGCUACCACCAUACUUAA